AUGGAUAUUCGCUUUAGAAGUCUUCAAUCCAUUAGAGUUCAGCUUAUUCAUAGCCUUCCUGAUAACACCUCAUGUGCGCUAUUUCUUGAAGAAUUCUCAGUGCUUCUGGAACAAAUUAUGGCUGAAUCCACUGGUCACUUACUAAUAUCUGGUGACUUCAAUUUACAUGUUGAUCACCCUUGUAGCAUCUAUGCAAACCGCUUUAAUGAAAUUCUUGAAUCAUGCAACCUAAAACAACACGUCACUGGAGCAACUCACGCUGACGGACACACUUUGUAUCUUGUAAUUUCUAAAAAAGAUAAUCCUGUCAUUACUGAAAUCAAGAUUUUCGACCCUGUAAUCUCGGAUCACUGUGCGUUUCAAAGUAACCUGCGUGCACGAAAACCGCACUUCACGAAGAAAAAGGUGUACUAUCGGAAACUGCGUUCUUUGGAUAUUGAAUUCUUUUGUGAAGAUAUUUUGACUUCUCCUUUGCUACAGGAUCAAGCUGUUGAACUCAACGCUCUUGUGGAUCAAUAUGACAAUAUAUUGCGAUCCCUUUUGGAUCUCUAUGCCCCUUGA